UUAAAACCCUACAAUAAUCAGGAACAAAUAAGAACCGAGUGACGGACCCAAGUUGAGUUUGAGAAAGGUGCAGGAACUCACCAAGAGCCGCAUCGCACUUGAACACUCCCCAAAACACAAUAUAAAACCCUUCAAUCUCUAUAUCAACCCUCUCUUACUAUUUUCUCUCUUCUUCUUCAAACCUCUCUGAACUGAAUCCCAAAAAAAAAUGAAAAAACUGUACCGAAAAGGAACGGUUCAUCCAUCAUCGCCGCCAUCGGUGUCGGAACAACUUUCCUUCCUUCCGGCAACAAUCUUCACUCUCAUCGUCGCUCUCUCACCGGAGGAUAAAGAAGUUCUCGCUUACCUCAUCUCAUGCUCUUCAUCUUCUUCUUCAUCAUACAAAAACCCUAACCGGAAAACCAAGGAAGCCGUUGAAGGAGAACAUCUUCCUCUAUUCCAUUGCAACUGCUUCCAUUGCUACAUGAGUUACUGGAUUCGUUGGAACUCUUCGCCGAAUCAUCAACUCAUUCACACAAUCAUCAAUGAUUUUGAAGAUUUUCUCUCUCAAACCGCCAAUAAUAGAAAGGAGAAGAAAAACAGAAAAGCAUCCAACAAAAAGAAUAAAUCAUCUGAGUCAAAUCGUUCCGAGUUGGAAUCUAUGGAAUCGAUAACGGAGAGUACUACUAGCGAUAGUGAUAUUGUUGAUGUUAGUAAAGAAAUAGAUUCUGUUGAUUCGGUUGAAGUUGAAGAUGAAACUGAAGAGAAAGUAGGUUCGGUGAGAAAGCUUAUGAGUUUCAUUGGAGAAAAGGUUUGGUUUCGAUGGUGUCUUUGGGGAAGAUGAAUCAAUUUUAAAAGAAAAUAAAAAGGAGAUAAGUUAAUUUUGUUUACAUUCUAUAUUUUUAAUUCGUUUGUUUUGUUUAUUUUAUAUAAUUUUUGUUUCCUGUUUGUACAUUAAUAUCUUCAUGUAAUGUAUAAAAGGAAAUUGGAGCUUGAAUCCAAUAAAAAAAGGAAAUUUUAUCUUGUUUUUA